AUGUCUCGGCGUUUCUACCUCGAAACGUCAGCAACUGGCAAACAACAAUUCGUUUCAAUAAAGCGCUCCCGCUCCCACGGCCACCACCACCAUCAUCAUCACCAUGUCGAACAAGACUACUACAAAGUCAGUGUUGAAGAAUGGAACCAGAUAAAGGAGCGGGAGCGAUGUCUCGAAGAGACCAACAAAAGCCUCGUCGCAGAAGUCAGUGCUUUGAAAGCCAGUCUAGCCGCUGCGCAAGGAGAAGCACAUCAUCUGUGCCAUGUCGUUGUGCCACAACUACAACACCAAAUACACCUUCUCACCGUCGACAAUGAAUCUCUUCGAAAGACUCUUGACAAUGCGUGCCACCAUCAAGGAAAGCGUUGCCGAGACGAAGACAAACUGAAGCAGACCAUUGAUAAGCUCGAGAAGGACAAGAAGGAUCUCAAAGACGAAAACUGCAGUCUCAAGGACAAGAUCAAGCACCUCCAACGGCAGCUUGAAUCCGGCUGUGGGCGAAGAACAUCAGAGCUCCUUCGGGAAAUAGACUACUGGCGCGAUCAAUACCGAUAUUGGAAAGACAGGUACGAAGAUACUAAGCGUAACCAUGACGACAUUUGCGUCACGUUGGAUAUUAGGACAGAGAAGAUGAGGGCAUAUGAAGAGAUUCUGAAACGCCGGCGCAUAAUCUGA